AACUAAGGCAACAUGGCUAGAUUCACAGAAUAUCAGGUGGUUGGACGCAAGCUCCCUUCCGCUCAAGAGCCUACUCCUAAGCUUUUCCGCAUGCGCAUCUUUGCUCCUAAUGUUGUUGUUGCCAAGUCUCGUUUCUGGUACUUCUUGAAGAAGCUCCGUAAGGUCAAGAAGGCUGCUGGUGAAAUCGUUUCCGUCAACAUUAUCACCGAAAAGCGCCCUGAACAAAUCAAGAACUUUGGUAUCUGGAUCCGUUACGAUUCUCGUUCCGGUACCCACAACAUGUACAAGGAAUACCGUGCCAUGUCUCGUGUUGAAGCUGUUGAAACUUGCUAUCAAGAUAUGGCUGCUCGUCAUCGUGCCCGUUUCAGAUCUGUUCAAAUCAUCCGUGUUGCUGAAAUCAAGGAUGCCGAUGUUCGUCGCCAAUACAUCAAGCAACUCUUGGUUCCCAAGCUUUCUUUCCCCUUACCUCACCGUAUUGCCAAGGCCGACAAGAAGCACCGUGCUCUCUUCGUUGCCAAGCGUCCUUCUACUUUCUAUUAA